AUGGCGCCCUCCAUUGAUCCCCUACCACUAACGCCCGCCACCCCCGAACAACCUGCCCCAACGCACCCCGACCGACUGCGCGUCAACCGCAGCCCCAAGGCCUUUGCCAGCGGCGCCUACUCGCUCAUCGAUCUGCCCGCCGGAGCCGUCUUCGCCCGGAUCACCAACCCCACUCCCGGAAAGAAGGCGUACACGACGGUCCAGACCGGCCCCGACACGCACGUCGAGCUCAAUUCCGACCUGGUGUACUGCAACCACUCAUGCGCACCAUCCGUGGUCUUCGACAUGGCUCGCAUGGAGGUGCGCGUCGUGGAUGACCGGCCCUUGAAGGCGGGCGAUGCCCUUACAUUCUUCUACCCCAGCACCGAGUGGGAGAUGGACCAGCCCUUCCAGUGCACCUGUGGUGCCGGAGAUGGGGUCUGCAAAGGCUGGAUCUCUGGCGCGAGAGAUAUGUCCCCCGAAGCUCUGGACGGGUACUGGCUCAAUGGACACAUUACGGCAAUGUUUGCUCACAAGUAG